AUGGGGAGAAGCCACGUUCGGGUGUUUGGGGCGCGGGCCUACAUCCACGUGCCCAAGGGGAACCGGCAGAAAAUGGAGCCCCGGAAGAGCGACGUCACGGCGGUCACGGAGAGCGUGUUUGCCCGGUUGGAGUUGCAAUCCGGAAAGAAGGUCAAGUCGGUGCAAACGGACCGGGGCGGAGAGUACGUCAACGAGGGAAUGACGGCCCUCCUCGGAAAGAGAGGGACGGUGCAACGGACCACGGCGGGGCACUCUCCUGGACAAAACGGCUCGGCGGAGCGGUUGAACCGGACGCUCGAGGAGACAGCGCGGGCUUUGCUAGAGGAUGCUGGGUUGAAGCCGGAGUUGUGGGCGGAAGCGAUGGUCACGGCUAACUACACCCGGAACCGGGUGCCCUCGAGCGUGCACGGCAAGACGCCGUGGGAGAUGUUCUAUGGGAAGAAGCCGAACCUAAGCUACCUGCGGGUGUUUGGGGCGCGGGCCUUCAUCCACGUGCCCAAGGGAAACCGGAAGAAGAUGGAGCCGGUGAGCGAGCGAGGGGUGUUCUUGGGGUACGAGCCCAACUCCAAGUUCUAG